GAGGGAUUGGCAGAGGGGGGGGAGGCCAGUGGAAGGAUUGGCAGAGAGGGGUGGAGGACACUGAAUGGAGGCCAGUGGAGGGAUUGGCAGAGAGGGGUGGAGGACACUGAAUGGAGGCCAGUGGAGGGAUUGGCAGAGAGGGGUGGAGGACACUGAAUGGAGGCCAGUGGAGGGAUUGGCAGAGAGGGGUGGAGGACACUGAAUGGAGGCCAGUGGAGGGAUUGGCAGAGAGGGGUGGAGGACACUGAAUGGAGGCCAGUGGAGGGAUUGGCAGAGAGGGGGUGGAGGACACUGAGUGGAGGCCAGUGGAGGGAUUGGCAGAGGGGGGUGGAGGACACUGAAUGGAGGCCAGUGGAGGGAUUGGCAGAGAGAGGUGGCAGAUACAGAAUGACUGGAGGGGGGAUAGCCUGUGAGUUGCGGAGGGGGAGGGGGGGGGGGGGGGGGGGGGGGGGGGGGGGGGGGGGGGGGGGGGUGGGGGGGGGGGGGGGGGGGGGGGGGGUGGGAGGU